AUGAUAGCAAAUAAGAAAGAAAAGUCAUUUAAAUUUCACUUAUUUUUAACAAUUAAUAUGAGAUUUUAUAUCAAUUUUAUAUUUGUAUUUGUUCUCCCUUAUAAUUUACCACUCUAGAUCAUUUUCAAUUAGGUUUCUUUCUAUCAAUCAUAAUUUUAACAUAUUUAUUUCAAUUAUAGAAUGCAAUUUAGAAUUUCAUUUAUUAAAACUAGAUGAAAAUGACAAAAUAAAAGUGUUCAAAUGUUUCUACAAAUACAACAAUUUCUUUGGUCUGAUUUCUCAAGAUGAAAUAUAAGAUUGCUAACAGGCUGAAUUUUUAGAGAAAAGCUCGUACUUAUAGUGCCUUUUUGAGUAUGAGUUGAAUAAUGCUGACUUUGGAUAAAACGAAAUUUAAAAGGAAUUCAUUCAGACCAACAUAGUUCUUAUUCUAAUAUGGGGUUCUACCAAUGAUGUCAUUCUAAAUAACAAAGUAGUAUUUCUGUAGAGAUUUAGAAUAAACAUUUCAUGACAUGACUUAGAAGUAUCAAUUUG